AUGCCGGGUCAACCCUCCUCCCAGCAUAAUGCACCCAGUCAACAUAAUCCAACCUCCUCGCAGGCAGGAACAGGCCGGACGAGCAUAGAUCGCGAUGGAAGCGGACUUCAGCCAUUGAACGGCGUGCCGAGUCGGAAUUUGGCCGCCUCUGUCGUUUCCUUUGCUCCUCGUGGUAGCAGUCUCAAUCCUACUAUUGGCCCCGGUAGCUUCAGCUCUGAGCUCCGUAGCCAAACGAUGUCGAGCCGUGCAGGCAGUCGUAUGGAUGUGGGAUCAAUAUACACUGGCAGCAUCAUGGACAAGGUCGAGGAAGACGGUACCGAAGCCGCCAUGCAACAAGCACUGUCAACUCUGCGGGACAAGUUGAAUCGAGAAGUGAAGAUCAAAGAAGGUAGUGAGAAUAUGCUCGAGGCGCUGAAUAUCAAGAAGGCCAAGCAGACCAAGGAGCAGCGUCAACGAGUAGAAGCCGAGUUGAAUGCCAGCAAUUUGAGAAUCAAGGAGCUACGUCAAAAGAUCUCCGAGGCACAACGUACAAGAGUACCUCCGCCGACUACCCCAACCAGGAACCGAGCACAGGAGACUGUGUUUCAGUCAAAUGGCCUUCGGUCACCCCCCAGUAUUGCCCGAUCCGCUGCCGGAUCAGACCUCGACGAUGCUGCCGAGAACCCGACUUUUGCGCUUGCCGAGCUUCUCCAGGCCCUGGAGGUGGAAGGGAUGACACCAGAAUACUAUGUGAGCAGAGCAAAUCAACUUGUGGAUCUAUUCAAGCGCCACCCUGCGCUGAAAUAUGAUUUGGUCUGGGCCAUCUUUGGGUUGCGCAUGCAAAUGAUGCUUCUGAGCGAAAGUCGAGAGGUUGUGGCUGUCGGUUAUCGGGUGGCGAGGUCUUUGAGCAAUUAUCGCAAGGCCGAUGUGGAAAGAGAACAGGCCCUUAAAUUCGUCCGCGCAUUCUUGGAUGUGAAGGAUGGAAUUAAAGAAGUUUCUAGAGCCAUUGUUCGGACGAUUGUUGCUGUAGCUGAGCAAGGUGAGGAUAGGCGUCCAGGCAUGCACGCCGCAGACCAAAGCAUCGACCGAUUACGGCCUAUAUGCAUUGAGACUCUGGCCGAGAUCUUGGUUCGGGAUCCAGCUCUGUUGAUAGCAUCGGGAGGCUUGGGUACGCUUUCAGAAGCUUUGGCUGAGGGCACCUACAAGUCCCCUGAGAGCUUAACUUGGGCCUUUCUCUUCCUCCUGGACUCUCCGCAGAAGCGCAAAUACAUCAUUCCGGGCUAUGGUCUCGACGUUGUUUUCACCGCUUUUACGGACCUACUGGCCGGAGCUGAUAGCAUACUGAAGCAGACUUCCGGGGCCAUUUCUGUAGCCUUGAGAUCAUGGUCCGGACUCAUGACCUUGAGCAUGUAUGAUUUUCGACCGAUUCGCUCACUUAUUGCCAGUAUGCUCUUCCCCAGCCAGAGCAUCCGAGAAACCGUCCUAGACCUUCUUUUCUCGCUGCUUCGCAUCAAACCUCCAGCGUGGGCAACUUCCUUUUUGGCCGGAAGGCGUCUCACGACGUAUGGCCGUGUCGCCAACAUGAAGUCUGUUGCGAGGAGACGGAGCGGAACGCUGGAUAUGGAGGAAGAUUCUGGCGAGCAAAGUUUUGUUGACCACUACACAGCGCUGCUUCUCGCGGUCUUCAUCAAGUCAGGUCUGUUGCAGAGUUUGCUGCGGAUGGCGCAAACCGAAGGAGAUCCCAUGCUCAAGCGAAAGUCGACUUUGCUAAUUGGGGAAGUCCUGAAACUUUCUAGUCGACUUCUACCACCCUCGUGGAGUGCAGACUUACAGCUGCUACCUGAGCUGUUCUCGGCAGCCGCUGAGUUUGAUAACGAGGAUCAUUUCAAUGCAUCUGGAAUUGUCUAUCAAAUUAGCAGUGUUAGUAGAACGCUUUACAGGAGCGCUCCGUCAGAAUCGAUGGCCGGUGGUCUCCCCUCCAGUGAUAGCAUGCGAAAUUUAGUGCGAUUCGAUGAACAGCCGAAGUCGAGCAACCCUGCCGUGGCGCUGGACGAUGCUACAUUUCGUCAACUGCUUAUCGAUUCCAGCGUGCUCAACAGCUCCAACUACAUGAAGUGGAACUGGGAGGUUAUUCUGAAAAUCAUAGAUGGCCCUCUUCAAACUGGGAAGCGUCUAGACGAAGCAGUCAAGGCCUCCAAGUUCAUGAAGAGACUAAUGAGUUUUUAUCGCCCGUUUAAGUAUAAAUUUGCAGAGGUGAAGAACACGAGGGGAACACAAAAAUACGUUAGGGCCGGGUGCGCCUUGGUACACUCGCUUCUCCAAUCACCCGAAGGGAUCAAGUUCUUGGCCGAUAGCAAGUUGCUGAGGCAAAUUGCUGAGUGUCUAGCUCAGUGUGAUCCGACAAGCGGGCUUACUGCUCAGUUUCCCAUGUUUUCCAAGGAUCGACUUACCGACACUCUUUGCGGAGGAUACUUUGCCGUGCUUGGCGUUCUCAGCAGCGAGCCGAAAGGAUUGCUUCUGCUAGAGAGGUGGCGAAUGUUUAACAUGAUGUACCACAUCGUGGACUUUAAGCAGCGCCCGGAUCUGAUCAAGUUACUUCUUUCCAACUUUGAUUAUGGCUUGCAAGGCCAUCCUCGUGUAUUACUUUCCAAGGCCCUCACUGCCGGAACUAAAGAUAUUCGAAUCCAUGCCACCAAUACCCUCCGUAAAUGCACCAUCGGUCCGGUAGCCAACAAUAGCGGCGACAAUGAAGUGAGCGAUUCGAAAUGGGCAAUCCGUCUUCUAGUCACGCAGCUCUACGAUCCCGAGAUUGAAGUAUGUUCAACCGCAAUCAAGAUAUUGGAAAGUGCCUGCAACAAGAAGGUAUAUCUGGAGUACAUAGUUCAAUGUCGCCCAGCUCUGGACCAUCUAGGAGAAAUAGGUGCGCCCCUGCUCUUACGCUUCCUGUCAACCUCUAUCGGAUACCACUACUUGGACGGAUUAGACUACAUCAGUAAUGAAAUGGAUGAUUGGUUCCUUGGGCGAAAUGAUUCAUAUGUCGGCGUCAUUGAAGCAAGCCUAGCCCGGGCAUUCUUAGCUGACCCAGAUGACAAUAGCCAUCGCUUGAGCCUCUUUGACGAAUCGGAUCCGGAGGCCGGGUUUCACGACAGCCAUGUUCCGCCGCAUUUUUACAGAGAACUAACUAGAACCCGAGAAGGCUGCAAACUUUUGCGUGACAAGGGUCACUUCGAGGAAUUCGUCACGACUAUACGCGAGCACGGUAUGCAAACAGAGGACACGGAGCUCAUUACCAAAGUCAAGGGGUGUCUCUGGGCUGUUGGCAACGUAGGGUCAAUGGAACUUGGCGCGCCGUUCCUGGAAUCAAGUGAUGUGGUUGAGAAAAUUGUCAAGAUCGCUGAAGGGCAUGAAGUGAUGAGUCUUCGCGGGACGGCAUUUUUCGUGCUGGGGUUGAUUUCCCGAUCCACCCAUGGACUAGAGAUUCUUUCAGAACACGGUUGGGACGCCAACACAACGUCAAUGGGGACUUCUCUUGGUCUUUGUGUACCGAACGAUCUCUCCAAAUUCUUUUCCGUCGCACCAUGGCAACACGUCAACGCUGCAUCAAUAACUAUUCCCGAUACGCAACGAACUAUACAAGCACAGCCUCCGAUCCAGAAAGCCCGCCCACCUCUAGAGCUCUCUGAAUUGCCUCCUUUGUUGAGCGAAGAGGACGUCAACGGUCGAAUUCUGGAACUGAUUGUUGACCUUGGUAACAUGGUGCUCUACAAGAAGGCGCUUAUGGAGCUGCAGAAGUUAAAGCAGAGAAAACCAAAUGCUUUCCGAAGUACAGACUUUUUCAAAAAGGUGAUGGGACUCAUGGAGUGGAACCACUACAGGCUCGGCGUCCGUAGGCUGGUGAUUGAUCUGUUCGAGAAGAACGUGAUGCGGCAAAUCGUCUUUGGUGAUGAUGACACCGAGGACAGCGGGUCUAGCAGCGGAGAAGGGGGGUAUGAUAAUGGUGAUGGCAGUUCUGGCGAUGAUGGAACAGAGCGACAGAGAAGCAUUAGCGAGCCGGCAGAGAUGCCAUCCGGCCUCAUGCCGGCACCACUGCGGGUGCGAAAAUAA